AUGAGUGAAACACCUUCAACAAGUUACUCGGUGACUCAGCCAAACUCCUCUGAGAGUGAACAGAGUUUAUCCACGCGCCACCUCAAUGUUACUGAACCUGUCGUGGCAAAACGGAUUUGUUUCUAUAAAAGUGGAGAUCCUCAGUUUAAUGGGAUCAAAAUGGUCAUUAAUAACCGGUCUUACAAAACGUUUGAUGCCUUGUUGGAUAGCUUAUCCAAACGAGUCCCAUUACCUUUUGGAGUGAGGAAUAUCAGUACACCAAAAGGGAGACACAGCAUCACCAGUUUGGAGGAUCUUGAAGAUGGAAAAUCUUAUAUUUGCUCCCACCAGAGGAAAAUGAAGCCCAUCAACCUGGAACAGGCCAGCAAAAAGCCACUGCCCUGGCAGAUUAGCAGGCCUGUCAGUGCCCAUGAAUUUGGCCAUCGAGAGAGAAAAAUAACAACCCCCAAAAAGAUGCUUGUUUUCAAAAAUGGGGAUGUGAGACUCAGGCGUACUGUGGUUCUGGGAAAGAAAAACACACAUACCUUUGAGGCCUUUCUGGAUCAUAUGAGUGAGUUAAUGCAAUACCCUGUCGCAAAAUUAUAUACCACUGAUGGCAGAAAGGUUCCUAAUCUUCAGGCCCUGAUAUUGUGCUCUGGAGCUGUAGUCGCAGCAGGGAGAGAGCCUUUUAAACCGAGCAAUUAUGAUUCUCUUGUGUAUUCAAGGCCUGCUAAAUUGCUUGGAAUUGCAAAUCGUGUGUAUCCAAAUGCAAAUGCCAAGUCAGACAGUGAAAAUAUGGGAGCUGACAUGAGUUCUAGCUCAAGAUCUCAGAUAUUCUCAGUUUCUUCUGACAAAGUGUCCAGCCAUGAUAACAACUCAAAUGAUAACAACUCAGAUUCUUCCUAUGUUCCUGACAGUCAUAAUGGCAUGGGAGGAAAUCAGUUAGUGACCACUGAGGACUUGUCUGUGGCUCGGUAUGAAGAUGACAUUGAGAAAUCUGUUCACCUGAAUCAAGAUGGCACUAUGACAGUGGAAAUGAAAGUUCGAUUCAAAAUUAAAGAGGAAGAAACCAUUAAAUGGACAACCACUGUAAGUCGUGCUGGCCUUUCUUAUAACAAAAAUGCCACCACAUGCAAUUCUACAAUGCAUGAGGAAGACUGCUUAUCCAGUGUAAAUGUAUCAGAAUGUAUACACCCCAAAGAUGCUCCAUUUUUGAAGAAGAGAGACUCAUUGCAGCAAUCCAAUGCCGAAGUGUCAGACAAAGAAUCAGAGUCUGAUUUAAAAGCUACUGACUGUAAUACCUGUAAGGAGAACAGUUCCACAGAUCUGGAUGUAAGCAAUGAACCUGAAGAGAAUACCAGGCCUCGUUUUCAUAGGCCUCCCACCCCUGGGCCAAGGCGUGUUAGACAAAAGAAAGCAGUGGUUGAAAGUGUCACCUUGGUAUCUGAAAAAGAGGUUCAGGAGAAAACAGUAGAACAGUUUUCCUACAGUGAGGAAAUACAGAGUGGAGAAAAUAAAUCUGAGUAUUGCAUGGUAGCUCAUUCUAGUAGAAAAAAGUCAAGUGUCAGUAAUCCAAAGUUUAGUGAGAUGAGUGACAAUGAUUUAUUAAGGAUUUCUUCAGAGAAUAUAGAAGAAGAAAUGCUUUUUAAAGUAAGCCAUAAAAGUAAUGAUUUAAUAGAAUCCACAAAUAGGAAGACUUUAGAAAUGCCUAAUGAGGGUGAAUUGGUACACAAUAUAUUAGAGAAAUCAGUUGUAGAACAAGACAAAUAUAAUAGUUUAGCAUCAACCCACAAAGCUAACGUUAGUGGUUUCACAGCAUCAUCAAAAAUUUACAAGACAUCUAGGCCAGCUUCAGCAGACCACUUCCAUGAGUCAGGUGAUAUUAAAAAAAUAAAAAGAUCACUGAGUUCCAUCAUGACAUAUUCAGAAUUAUGUCAGUCAGAAGAAGAAACACAGUUCAAAGCUGCUGAUUUAUCACCCAUUUCUCAAGAUUCAAUGCAUUCAGCCUGUUCUGGACAUAGCCAGCUGAAGAUGAUGGAACCUCCAUGUAGUAAAACUCCUACUGAGAAAAUAAAUCCAGAUGGAUUCUUUCCUACUGUUACUGAAAGUGAGAAUCAAAUCAGUGUCAGGGCUGAAUCUGUGACAGCAACACAUCUCACUGAUGACAGCCAAUCUGCAUCUUCCCUCACUAAAAAGAAGAAAAAGAAGAAAAAACCAUCUAACAUUCUAGAGCAAGAUAUGUGUGAAAAUAAAAAAGAUAAAGAAAUGUCAGGUAUAGUUAAAGGUGAGGGAAUGCAAAUCACAAGCAAAACCACAGAAGAUUCCACAACAGAGGCUAUGGAUAAUUAUUCUGAAAUUCCUCAGAAAGAAGGAACAGGAUUACUUGUGAAAACCAGCAAUAGGUCUGUCAGUUCAGACAAAAGCAUAUGUCCUGAAGGUGAUUUUUCUCAUCAGGAUUCAGUGGAAGAAAAUGGAUUAUCAUCUAAUAAAACCAAAAGAAAUAACGACAACAAGUUGACCAAGGAAAAAUUGAAGUCAAGAAAAAAAAAUAUUCUUUCACCUGCAAAGAGUGAAGAUGGUAUAGUGACAGCUGACUCAAACAAUGAAUCUGAACACAGUGCAAAUAAAUUAAAUAUAUCAGAAAGAGCCAUUACACUAGAAGCUCUAAAACAGGAGGAUUUUCAAGAGAAGGUUGUUAAGCAUUCACUUGAAAACUAUGUCCAAAGUUGGCUGAAAAACUUGUCACCAAAUUCUGUUUUACCCCCGAUAAAUAAAAAAGAGUUGACUUUGGAGAGCAGUAAUGACUGUUAUUUUCCUAAAGAAAAUAUUCAUGUUUCUACAGAUAAAGACACAGGACUUAUCAUAAAUAAAUUACACGUGACUGGAAUAAACCAUCUGAUUGAACAUAAUCUAACCAAAAAAACAUUAGAGCCUAUUUCUGAAUUGGUAACUUUAGAAAAAUCAGCCAAGGAUUCUGGUGAGAAACAAACUGACUCUUUGAUUCAUGUUAACACAACUGUAGUAGAUGAAGCCAGGUGUUCUCUCAAGUCAGAAUUUCAUCGUGAUGGUAAGGAAACACAAGAUAAUGAUAAAAAGAUGUCAGAAAUUUAUAUUCAAGAUAACAACCUAUGUCAAAGAAAAAAAUCUGAAGUUGCUGUUCAAGUUGAUUGUGCAGCUGUCAAUGACAAAAUGGACAAUUAUGUUCAGAGUAGCUGCAUGUCUAGCAUGUUGCUGCAUGAAUUACAGUCAACUUUACGUGAUCUCCAGAAAGAACAUAGUAGAUGUAUAGGAAAAGCUUGCAGCCUUUCUGAUCUUUCUCCUUCAGCUUUUGCUUCUUCCUCCAAUGUUCUCCUCGCUUGGCUGGUUGUACUGAAUCUGAGAGAGAGUUUGAUUGGGACAAUCAAAGAUGAUAUGCAAAAACCUACCUGCAGCUGUUCUGAAAUAUUUACUCAGUUACAGUUGCUGAAGCAAAGUACAAUAAUAGAAAAAGUUGACGAACUAAAGGCUGCCUUCUCACAUUUUCAACAGUCAACUGAAAAUAACUUUUUGCACCAUGGGAGAGAACUCGAAAAGCAGAACUCCACACAUUGCCCUGAGGAUAUGCCCAAAUCUGAAAUUCCUAAUGGUAUACCUUUGCAUAACAAUGAAAACUCAGUUGAGCCUUGUAUUCCACAGGACAAGGAAAAUACUGAAGAAGCUCUACAAUUAACUGGUGAGUUAGAAAGUUGUUUUGAUAUACAGGGAGAUCUUUGUAGAGAAUCAGAGAUUUUAGAUUUGAGUGCUCCCAAAACACAGCUAGAUGAUCAAUAUGCCAAUACUAAUUCAGUUACCUGUAGCCAGCCUUCAGCUGUAGAGCUGCCUGAAAGAAAUGAAGAUAUGACUGAUAGUCUAUGUAAAAAAUCUCAAGAUAAAAACACUGAUACGUCACUUGUUAAUGAAGACUCAGAAACUUCAGUAGAACCUAACUCAACAGUUCAUAGUGUAACUUCUAAUGAUAAAAACUGUAUUUUAGAUCAGGAUACUUCUGAGUUAGAAGAUGAAAAAGAUAUUAUACAUGUUACUACUAAUAAAAAGGAAGAUGAUGAUGCUGAUCCAAAGUCAGCAGGUAAUGAUGAAAACCCAAACAACCAACUUACACUGGCUGCUGAAACCUCUGUAGAAUUCAAUAAUGAGGAUUAUUCUGUCCAGGAAGACAAUGAAGAUGUAGAAACUUAUGAGGAAACAUCUGAGAGAUUAUCUACAGUCUCUCCAUUAUCAUUUUGUUAUGAAUCAAAGCAAAUUACAGAAUGUGAUAUGAGUGAAGGGGAACAGAAAUUUCAAGUAGAUGAGCUGAAGAACAAAAUGUGUUCAGAUAUUUCUCAAUUAAAAAAAUGCUUAAAAAGUCCUGCUACUUCAGACUGGUCAGAUUACAGACCAGAUACUGAAGAGAGUGAUCAUAACUUUGGUGCAUCUAGUGAUUUGACCAAUGAAAGUGAGGAAGAAACAAUAAUUGAAAAACAUUACAAUGCUGGCUAUGUAAAAAGAACUAUUGAGAGACUUUAUGGCAAGAGUGAAGCUUCAUUUAAGCCUGAGUUUCACAAAGGAUUUCCUUAUGUGUCAAAAGCAUAUCAAAAGGAUACUGAAGAAUUUCACUCUUCAGUGGUGGAAAAAACUAUUUCUUCUACUGAAGAACAUAGGUCGUGUUCUGCAGAGAAAUUUUCAUGUUCCUCAUUACCAUCACAUGAAUUUCCAGUAAACACAGACGAAUCUGACACAAUAUCAAGAAGAGAAAACACUUUACAAACACCACAAUGUAGUCUUAACAAAGAGGAGACAAAUUAUACUAAUGAGAGUUCCGAGGAAUCUCCAAAGCAACAUUGCCAACCUAGCAUAAAAGAUGAUGAAGAUGAAGGAGUAUUGAUAGAUAAAGGCAAGUGGCUUCUCAAAGAAAAUCAUUUAAUAAGAAGAUCACCACCUGAAAGGACUGGAAUGUAUGGGAAUUUGGAUACAACAUCAACAGACACAGUCCUUGAUGCCAACAGUGAUGAUGUUCCAUACUCACACUUUGGCAAUCUGAAUCAGUACCCACCUCUCAAAGAAAUCUCUUCUUCAGAACUUGAAGAGCUGGCUAAACCCUCUGCAAAUCUUUGCAACUACUUCAGUAUACCUCAUAACAGUGAUUCAGACCCCUUUCCUGAUGACUUAAAUAGAAAAAAUGCAUCCAUCCGCAAUGGGAAGAUCACUUCCCUUCCUGCAGCAAACAAAGAAAAGAUCAAACCAUCAGACGUGGUAGGUUCUACUUCCACACAGGCUGAUACAAAUUUCCCAUCCUUUACAUCUGGAGAAUUUAGAUUGCCUGAUAACAAGGUGUAUCCAUUGGAACAGCCUUUAAAUGAUGAACCUGUACAGACUCAGCCAACCCAAGGCAGUACUGCUAACAGAAGUGCUCCUUCUGAAGAAGAUUCCUUGGAUAGACUCCAUGCUAUAUGUGGCCAACAUUGUCCAAUACUGAUGGUGAUAGUGACACCAAUUAAUGAGGAACAGAGAGGGUAUGCCUACCAAAAGGCAUCUGAUAUUGAGAACCAGCUGGGGCCAGGUUUGUUAGCCAAAAAGAAUGAACAUUUACAGUGGUCAGCUAGGAAAUGGAAGGUGACAGUCCUGACCAGUGACAUGCCUGAUGCAGGAACAACCUCAAAGGUUUAUAUUACAUUGUAUGGGCACCAUGGCAGUUCAGGCCCAAUAUUUCUUGAUGGAGAGGAGGACGAAUUAUUUCAGAGAGGCAAUGAAGACAUCUUCACAGUCAAUAUUAGAAAUAUAGGACAUCUCUACAAAAUACGCAUAGGACAUACAAAUACAGGAAACUCCCCUGCCUGGCACUGUGAAGAGGUGCAGUUGCUGAACCUUUUCUCAGGGGAGCAGUUUUCUUUCCCUGCACGUCGAUGGCUGGACUGGGAUCAGGGUAAUGGGGAAAUAUCUAUGGAGCUUCCUGUUUUACAGCAGGGUCAGCCUAUUCUUCCAGUGACAGUCUACAAAGUGCAUGUGACAACAGGAGAACUGUGGAAUGCUGGAACUGAGGCAGAUGUCUUUAUUUGUAUCUAUGGAGAAAGAGGUGAUACAGGGUCAAGACAACUGCUCAGGUCACAGAAACCCAAGAAAUUUUUAAAAGGACAAACUGACAUCUUUGCUGUUGAAGCUGUGCACCUUGGACACCUGUACAAGAUUGUUAUGGGACACAAUGGUCUUGGAUCAGGAAAUGGCUGGUUCCUGGACAAAGUUGUAAUCAAGGAUCCUAUAACAGAUUUGGAUUAUACCUUUCUUUGUCACAGGUGGCUGGACCAGGGGCAGGAUGAUGGCAAUAUUGCUAGAGAACUGACUGUGGCAGGUGCCAGUUCAUUUCCAGGAAGGCAAGAGCUGAAACUCAAGAGAGAGGAAAUUUCUUUCCUAAUUGCUGUUUACAAAACUAGUGGGCUGCUGAAAAGUGGAAAUUCCAAGAAGGCAACACGCUUCAGUUUUACAACAGGAUCACCCAUGGCUUCAUUUGCCUCCAUCCGGAUAGCAGAGUUGAUGCUCUUGGUGACAAGAAAAGCAAAUAUGGUACAGUAUUUUAAAUCUGGAUUUAUAAAAGAUAAGAGAAAGGAGGACUUCAUAGUUCACUGUGACCUCAUAUAG